CCUAGUAAAUCCGCCCAACAUGCCGCCGCCGACGAGAAAUCCAUGUCCCUCCUGCAGUCCAUCAGACUGUAUCCGAAGGCGGUGGGCUGGUCCGUGGUUCUCUCCAGCGCACUCAUCAUGGAGGGGCUGAAUGUGGAGACGGGGAAGUGGAGUGUGCCGGCGAAUUGGCAGAGUGCGUUAUCCAACGGCGCGCGCGCAGGCGAAGUCGUCGGCCUCGUCCUCAACGGCUUCGUCAGCGAGCGCUUCGGGUACCGCAAGACGAUGCUCGGCGCGCUCGUCUCCAUGACGGCGUUCAUCUUCGUGCUGUUCUUCGCACCCAACAUCCGCAUCCUCGUGCUCGGCGAGGUGCUCUGCGGCAUCCCCUGGGGCAUGUUCCAGACGCUUACGACGCAGUACGCCAGCGAGGUCAGUCCGGUGCAGCUAAGGCCGAUUCUGACGACGUUUGUGAAUAUGUGCUGGGUCAUGGGUCAAUUCAUUGCCGCGGGCGUGAACCGAGGGUGCGUGACGCGCGAGGAUGAGUGGGCGUAUAGGAUCCCGUUCGCGAUACAGUGGAUCUGGCCGGUUCCUAUCAUGAUCGGUGUAGCGCUCGCGCCGGAGAGCCCGUGGUGGCAUGUGAGGAGAGGAGACCGCGAGGGCGCGCGCAAGGCACUGCUGAGGCUCACGUCGCCCGAGAAAGAUGCCAGCUUCAACCCGGACGACACAAUCGCCAUGAUCGAGCACACCAACGACAUGGAGAAGGAGAUGUCGGCCGGCACGCGCUGGGGCGACUUGUUCCGUGGCGCAGACCGGCGGCGGACAGAGAUUGUGUGCUUCACGUGGAUCGCGCAGACCAUCUGCGGGCAGAACAUCAUGGGAUACUUCGCCUACUUCAUGCAAAAAGCGGGCCUCCCCACCGUCCACUCCUUCAACCUCUCGCUGACGUCCCUCGCGCUCGGCCUCCUCGGCACCGCCGCCUCGUGGGCCCUGAUGCAGCGCCUGGGCCGGCGCACAAUCCACCUCGUCGGGUCGUCCACGCUCUUCACGCUCCUGGUCAUUGUCGGCGCGUGUUCCUUCUCGCACGCCAAGGCGGCGAACUGGGCCAUCGGCGGCCUCCUCAUCGCCUUCGUCUUCGUGUACGACCUCACCAUCGGACCCGUCACGUACGCGCUCAUCUCGGAACUUUCCUCGACGAGGCUGAAGGCCAAGACGAUUGUGCUGGCCAGGGCGCUGUACAAUGUGUCGAACAUUGUGGUGAAUGUGCUGACCAACUAUCAGCUGGGAGAGCAGAACUGGGAUUGGGGUGCGCGGACGGCGUUUUUCUGGGCGGGGACGUGUGGGUGCGUGGUGGCUUGGGCGUGGUUCAGGCUGCCGGAGCCGAGGGGGAGGACGUAUGGGGAGCUGGAUGUGCUGUUUGAGAGGGGGGUUGGGGCGAGGCAUUUUUCGGACGUCGUGGUGGAUCCGUUUGUGAGAGGAGCCAGGGAGACGACGCGGGUGGGAGCGAAGGAGCAGGGCGGUGUGUUGUAAAGGAAGUGCUGGAGCGGGGACCUGUGGUACCUCUGGAUGGGUAAUGCAGAAGACGAGGGUGGCCAUUACACGUAGCCAAUGCGCCUGGGGUGCUUGAAGGUGUCGGUGUGGAUUCGCAAUGCUAUCCG